CUCGAGAUGCCACUAGAGACGACCUAUCAUCCCCCCGGGUCAAGGACAAAUCUAGGCGCCGCUUCACGCAAGAUCCUUCAAACUGCGGCAUCCCUCACUACGUUUCCGGACGUCGACACCUAUGGUUCUGCGCUCGUCACGAGGCGAGACUGGGAUCGUAAAUCCUGGAGCAGGUGAUGUGUCCAGCAGCCUACUCGAUGCCUUCAUUGUGGCAUUGGGACUUUUGAUGUUCCAAUACAAGCAGGAAUGGAGAGAAGUAUAUGAUUAUAUGACGCGAGGAAUCGCACUGGCGCGACAUCAUCUGCCUUUGCCACGGCGCUCAUUCUUACAUCUGGCUUGCCGCGUUUUCAAGUCUGUCUAUGAACUUCUUUGUGACAGUACUCAUUGCCUCCACGUCUGUUCUUCCUCUUGUUCGAUUUAUAUCCAGUUUGGCAGGCGAUGCAGCCUAAGCCUGGUCUUGAUUUGGGUGUGAGAUUCAACGUCAGUGCAAUUGUCGUCUGGAUAGACAAGCAAGAUUGUGUGUUAUCGUGUCUUUGCCCAGGGAAGUCUGACUCCAUCUGCGCAAGGCAUGCGUGUUAACGCCACGAACCAUUAAUAACGACAAACUUCAUAUGCUCCGGCGCAAUCGCACCACCCGUCACAUUGGUGAAUGUCUCGGGUG